AUGGUGGAUGAGGAUUCCGAUGAUUAUGAGUCCUUACCCAGUACUAGUCCACUGCCACAACACAUGUUUGCAGGUGCAUGUGCAGGUAUAAUGGAACAUAUUGUCAUGUAUCCUGUCGACUGUGUUAAAACUCGAAUGCAGUGUCUAAGGCCUGUUGGUAGUUCUAAUUACCCAGGUUUACUCACUGGUCUGUAUCGUCUAAUCCUUCAGGAAGGAGUACCAGGGUCGCUAAAAGGUAGUGGUGCAGUGAUCUGGGGUGCUGGUCCGGCGCAUGCUGCUUAUUUUGGAUGCUAUGAGAAAAUGAAGUCAACCUUAGCCACAGCUCCCAUAGGAUCGACCCAUGUAAAUCAUAUGAUAGCUGGGACUUGUGCAACUUUACUGCACGAUGCUAUCAUGACUCCUGCAGACGCUGUGAAACAACGUCUGCAAAUUUACAAUAGUCCUUACCACAACACUUUUGAUUGUCUCCGUCGAGUGUGUUUAACAGAAGGACUCGGUGUAUUGUACAGAGCUUAUUUUACACAGUUAUCCAUGAAUAUACCUUAUCAGACAAUUCAUUUUGUUUGUUAUGAGCAUGCUCAGAGUUUAAUAAAUCCAAAUCGUCAGUAUCUACCUUGGACUCACGUUGUAUCCGGAGGUAUAGCUGGUUGCUUUGCUGCUGCUUUCACAAAUCCGUUAGAUGUUUGUAAAACUUUACUGAAUACACAGGAUCGGUGUUUUUCAAAGAAUAUAUGUCUUGGUCACUUUACACAGUCAUCUAAACCUGAAUUCCGAGGGUUGUUUGGCACAGCGAUGUAUGUAUACCAAACGACUGGUUUUAGAGGAUUCACUAGAGGUAUAAGUGCUCGAAUCCUAACAGCUGUUCCCGGCACUGCUUUAUCCUGGUCAGUUUAUGAAUAUUUUAAAUGGCGGUUAAAAACACGAACGAAACCUUUGGGAUCUGAAUUUGGUGAGGCUAGUGGUGGUAACAGUGUUCAUAAUAUUGAAAUUUUACCCAUGGAAAAAUUGUGUGUAACUGCCAGUUCCAAAUGGAUUCCUGAUUCCACUGAUUUGACGUACACAGCAACAGUUAAUGCUACAAAUGGACGAUCAAGUUUACAAGAGAACUCUAGAUAAGUCAAAUUAUUACUAUUACUGUGAAGUAGUAGUGCUACAUAUGAAAUGUUUAAAAUUUUCCAUGCUUUUUAUCUAUCUGCUUCCUGUGAUGAUGAUGACCAAGUAUCCACAUAGUGGAUCAGUU